GUAAAAAUUUGGAUCUCGGGGGACUGGAGUCUAUGACAGCAGCAAACACCCUGGACACGUCGCCAGUCCAUCACCGGGCCACCUGCCACACCUACGGACAAUUUAGAAUUGAUUAACUCAGCACUUUUUAUUUAUUUAUGUUUUAGACUGUGGGAGGAAGCUGCAGAAAACCCACGCAUGCACAGGGAGAACAUGCAAACUCCACAAAAAGGGCCCAGGCAGGGACACAAACCGGGAAUCUUCUAGCUGCAAGGGCUGCACAGAUGAAAACUUCACGUCCAAGUGGAAACAUACGCUGCAGACCACAAACCGAGGAGGAUGAAGGAGAGAAGAGGCGCUCUGUGCGAAGGGAAUGCGCUCUGAGUUUAUCUUAAGCUGGCCCUGUGUGAACUAAAUGAAAACAGAGAACCCCCUACCUGGAAGACUUCGAAGAACUAAGUGGAUUGAAGAAGGCAGAGGCCGAGUGAGGGAGUCAGAGAGGGAGGGAAGACAGAGGGGAUUAGCGGAUAAUCCAGUGCAUGGACAAUCCUGAAGGAGCUUUAUCGUUCCUCCAGGACGAUGCAGACAAAACAGUUGCUGGAUUACAGCGCUUUACUUUAUUGCCCCUUUCAAGAGUCCAUCACAGUUCGUCUUUUUACGCUCUGAUUGUUUUCAUUGCCUCUCAAAGGCUUAGCGUCGUGGGCACAGAAGGACCAGGGAACAGAGGACAAAGCAGGGCAGUGGCAGGAUGUCCUGUGGACGGUGUGGUGACACACAUGGAUAAACCUUUUUAGUGGGAGACAGUGUGUGGCAGUGGACCCCCUGCUUUCCAGCUUUAAGAGGACGACACUAAAGAAGACAUCAGAGAAGAAACUCCUCUCAGAAGUUGAGACCAAACGGCUUCACUGCCAUGGACCCCGAAACUGGAAUUCAGACCUGACCGACAUGUAAUCGGAGCUCAGACAUUCUCAACUGAUAUAAAGGGAAAUUAUACAACUUUUGUGCCGCCAUGAGUCUGGGAAAACUGCCAGGGAUUAAAGGCCUCGUGUCUGGCUCCCAGGGUAAACGCCGCUUUAAGAGCGACCUCUCCGUGGACAUGAUCAGCCCUCCGCUGGGUGACUUCCGACACACCAUGCACGUAGGCCGUGGCGGGGACGUGUUUGGUGACACUUCCUUCCUCAGCAACUACGGGGGCAACAGGGAGCCUGGAAGUCCAGACUCUGCAAACAGCUCCAAGACAACCGGCUUCUUCACACGCACCUUCCGGCACGUACGGAAGAACUCUGGGCCGCGGCCGCGAGGGGGCUCUCGAGACUUGUCAUCGCCGCCGCCAGACAUCUCGCCCAUCAUCAAGAAUGCCAUCUCGUUGCCGCAGCUGAACGUGGACUCUCCCAAUGGGUGCCUGCAGAGGGUGCUGUUCCCCAGCUCCAUCAGCGCGACGGAUGAUUCCUUCUACACAUAUGGUCUGCAGUCUGGAUUCGUCACUCUGCCCCGUCUCUCCCGCCUUGACAGACAAUUCCAAGACGCAGACGUCCGCAAAGGGUCUCUCCCGGAAGGCGGCGGCAUCACCCUGACACGCUCGGACUCCCUCACCUCAUUCACCGUGGACCUGGGCCCUUCUCUCAUGACCGAGGUGCUGAGCUUGAUCGACAACCCCAGCUGCCUUCAGACGCCCAAUCGCAGCCAGGCAGCAGGUGAGGAGGAGGAGGAGGAGGAGGAGGGAAGAGAGAAGGAGGAAGAAGAUGACGACGGCUCUCUAACGGAGACGCCCGUGCAGACCCCUGCAGUGACUUCGCCGAGCGCUUCCGUGUGCCGUGGGUCGUUCAGUCGGAGUAGCAGCAACAGGCGGACCGAUCAGGAGGAGGAGAGGAGGCCUGUGCGAACGCCCGACGUGUCCGCUGGGUCUCCUCUGAGAGCAGAGCCCGGGAUGGAGACAGAACGGUUCCAGAGGGCAGCUGACGUCUUGUCUCGUCACUACGGUGGAGGGUCCUUCACAAAUAGAGCGAGGAUGAGCAGCAGCGGCGGCUCUCCGGCUUUUUCCCCGAGCCACAAAACACGCUGUGCCUUGAAUGAGGAGGAGGAAGAGAUCAAAGUGUAGAUGUUCAAACUCCUGAACUCUUAAACCGUCCGUCCUGUCAGGAAAGAUGUAAUGUGUGAUGUUCUGUUGUUCCUCCAUAGAAACAUUUCUCCUCCUCUUACAUACAUGGGAAGUGAUAAACUAGAAGAUACUGGUCUGUAUUCAGGUCCUGAAGAAAGGACGUUUAUUGUGUCUCUUUCUGCUACAUUCAAGGUGUGAUAUUUUACAGAUUAUUUAUUGGAUUAUUUUCAGGAUAUAGACAUCUAACACUAUGUAAUCACAACGUUUACCAACAACAUAUUUUUACAUCCAUAAACAGUUUAAUGGUCUGAACCUGGGAUUUGAGGAACACAGCAUUUGGGCUUUUUUUCUUUGUAAAUCUGUCAUUAGGGAACUAAAUCCCUUUUAUUUCUUUAUUUUUCACAGUUGUACAUUUCUAAUAUUCAUCCUAAGUCUAUGUGACAGCCUCCUGUAACCUGUAUAAUAUUCAUCUGUAUUAGACUUCCUGUUGUAAAAAGGUUGCUUGUAAUAAAAGAUUCAUUUAAAAACAGA